AUGAUAAUAAACUUCAUUUUAAUAUCUUUAACUUGUCAGACUAUCAUUUAUGAGUUUAUUGCUAAUUCACUUACAACUAGUGGUAAUUUCUUUAUUUUUAUAUUAGAAUGGGAAGGCAAUUCUAAUUUAAAUAAUUGUGGACUGAUUCUAUAUUUGGAGUCUACUAAUCCAAGUGUUCGUGUUAGCAGAAUGUUUUUAGGUCUAGAACCUCAUUCUCAAAUUAUAGUGGAUGCAGAAUUUUUAAGGUAUUUAAUAUUCUUCAUUGCAAUAGUAUUGGUACCAAUAAUCCAAUUUAAUUCUAUGUAGACUCGCAAUUAUAAAAUAGUGUGUAAGUGAUAUCAUCUUAAAGUUUUAUGUGUAGUGGUGCAUAACCUGCACAGUAUCAAACUAUUUCUAUUACUAAUAAACAUAAUAGAAGAAAUCUUUGGUUGAAUUUUUUUUAAUAGUCUGGAGGAUUAGUAUACCUAAAAUUAAGUAUCAUUAAAUGCUAGUAUGAAACUGCUGGAUGCAUAGAGAAUUAUGAUACACUUUGUUUAUAUUGGAAACUGCAUUAAUAAUCAUUUUAUUAGAAAUAUAUCACACAAUCGGAUGGAUGGGUAGCUUAACCAUUUUAGUUAACAAGUUACAUAUAAUGUGGAUAUUGUUUAAUGUUGGUUUUUUAAUAAAUUAAAUAUUAAACCUAUCUACCUCCUCAUUAAGAUAUUUUAAUAAGGUUUUUUAAAUAUAAUACAAAUAUUAUAAUAGUAGACUAUUCAUAUGGUAAAUUAACUAUUGAUAGUCUAUAUUUUAUAGAAAUAUUAAUAAGAAAUCAUCGUGACCAGAUAUUAUAACUCAAUAUACAAGCUCUGCCAUAUAAUUUUAUAAGAGAUUUCGAAAUAUUUUAUACUGAGCCAGAAUUAACAUUUAAGAAUUUCAAUGAAGGUUGNCUUGCAUAAGAGCCUCUGAUUUCUUGA